CUGGAAUGAGUUAUUUGUGAAGUUUAUCCCUCUCGAUCCUUCGAUUUCUUCUGAUAUUUUUUUUGAUGGUCCGAUCUUUGAACGAUUCUACGUUCUUGAUGCAUAUAUUUUUUCCCGUUGUGUUCGGUCGAAUGGUUAUCGUUGCCGGAAAUUUUUGAGAAACGAAACCCUUGAUUGUGAUACUGAGAUUGUAGCUCUUGAUUACCUUUGAAUCCUACCUAAUCUCCGUGGUUUACUGGACUUUAAUUUUGGAUACGCAACGGAAAUCAGGUUGUUCUCGUUGUUGUUGAUGAGGAGGGUAUCUGGGAAAAUGGAUAAUCAACACGGAUACGCCGUGGAAGUCACUGGCUUGCCUCCCGCAGUUACCGAGACGGAUCUCUAUGAUUUCUUCUCCUUUUCUGGUGCUAUCGAUAGUAUCGACAUUGUCAGGUCGGGUGAGCAAGCCUGCACAGCUUACGUCACUUUCAAGGAUUCGUAUUCCCAGGAAACCGCUGUUUUGCUCAGCGGGCCGACCAUAUUGGAUCAGCGUGUCUGUAUAACCCCUUGGGGACAGCACCAUCAAUCUGAAUUUGAAUUUUGGAAUGCGGCUCCGAGGAGCUUCGAUGAUGAAUCCAAUUCACAUGCCCCUGCCCAGGGAGUUGAAUUUAACGCAGGAGCAGCGGUGUCAAAAGCUCAAGAGAUCGCCAAGACGAUGCUGGCUACGGGGUUUGAUCUGGGCAAAGACGCCUUAACCAAAGCUAAAGCCUUUGAGGAAUCUCACGGCGUCUCAGCCACAGCCGCGGCCAAAGUGUCAGAAAUGGAUCGGAGGAUCGGUCUGACUGACAGAAUCUUCGCCGGAGUUGAAGCCGUCAGGUUGGCAGACCAAAAGUACCAGGUUUCGGACAAGGUGAGUUCAGCUGUCUCGGCCACCGGAAGAACAGCUGCCGCGGUGGCAACCACCGUAGUUAACAGCAGUUACUUCUCCAGAGGCGCUCUUUGGUUUUCCGGCGCACUUGAUCGAGCAGCCAAGGCGGCGGCUGACCUCGGCAGCCGCGGGGGCAGCGGCGCCAGGCGGUGAGUAUGCUCCGACCAGAAACCGUACCGUAGUGUGUGAUAUGUGAAUAUGUAUGUUACAUAAUUCUAAGCUUGGAAAGAGAUGUAUCUGCAUUCCAUAAAACGUUGUGCAAAAAUUUGCACGCUCACAUAUUGUUGUCAGAAAAAUAAGAGAAUAUUUUUUCGUAUAUAUUAUCAGUGUAAUAUUCGUUAUAAUUUCUUUUUUUUUUA